AUGGCCACCGGAGUCCCUAACUUCAAGCUCACAAACGAACUCACAAUCAUCACAGGCGCCUGCGGGGGUCUUUCGCAGGCGCUGUUGCACACGUUGCUUGCCUACGAGGCGCCCGUGGCGCUCUUUGACCGAAACAUGGAGGCGUUGAAGAAGACGAAGGAGGAGCUGGUGCUCUUCUGCACCGCGGAGCUCGGGGUCAAGGCGGACGCGGUUCCGCAGAUGGAGUGCUUUGCGUGCAACAUCGCCGACGCGCAGGAGGUGGAGGCCGCCUGCGAGGCCGUGUACACGGCGUUCGGGACGUACCCGCUGCACCUCGUGAACACGGCAGGCUACUGCGAAAACUACCCGGCAGAGGAGUACCCGGCCGCCAACGCAGAGAACUUGGUGAAGGUGAACUUGUUGGGCUCGCUCUACAUCGCGCAGUCGUUUGCCAGACCGUUGAUCAAGCACGGCAUCCGCGGCGGCUCGAUCGUGAUGAUCGGGUCCAUGUCCGGCGUCAUCGUCAACGACCCGCAGCCCCAGAUCGCCUACAACAUGGCCAAGGCCGGCGUCAUCCACAUGGUCAAGUCCUUGGCCGCGGAGUGGGCCAAGUACAACAUCCGCGUCAACACCCUGUCGCCGGGCUACAUCGCCACCCCGUUGACCAAGAACGUCAUCAACGGCAACGCCGACUUGUACAACAGAUGGAUGUCCAUGGUCCCUAUGAAGCGCAUGUCCGACCCCUCCGAGUUCAGCGGCACCGUCCUCUACUUGCUCUCCAACUCCGCCUCCUCCUACACCACCGGUGAGAACAUCGUCGUCGACGGUGGCUACCAGUGCUGGUAA